AGACUUUGAAACAAUUCGGAACGAAGUUUCAGAAAUCAUUGGUUCAAAUGCAAGACCAUCCUCGCAAGCAUCGACGGUUUGUAACCACAGAAAGCCUCGACAUCAGCUCGAGCUCUAUAGCGGACAUAACCAAGGCUAUCGCAACUCUUCACUUUAUGCAAAGAAAACUUGAUGCUAUCACAGCUGAAUUAUUAUUAACGUUGUUUAAGACAUAUGCGCCCUCACACCUUGAGGUUCACAACGUCGUCUCCUUAAAGAGACAUGAAUCUGCUUAAUCAAGUGCAGAGACGAGCAACGAAAUGGGUGGUAGGGUUGAAGAAUAAAGCCUAAGAAGAUAGACUCCAGCACUUGGGGUUAUUAGCUUUGUUAUAGAGUAAUCAGAGGCGAUAUUGGUUUACAGCACGCCAAACCACCUCCAGGCCACUCAAGGUAAUCCUCGAAAAAUUGCGCAUCUAAGUGCGAACACCCGGGUUCUUGCACACUUCACCAAUACGACUUGUUGCAACUUAGAAUGCUGUCCCAGCUGAGGUGACCACAGUACCCUCAAUGGACAACUUUAAGGAGAGACUAUUAAUACACACAUACAGAAUUAUCAUCUCCCUCGUGGAGAAGCUGUGCAUGAUGCAUGUCUUGAGACCUUCUGGCUGUUAUUAUUGCCAUCUCCUUUACUUCAUAUAUGUUGUUUAUUAUCUUUGUCGUUUCCCUUGCUUACAUUUCGGUCCUCUUGCACAAUUUUCACCGACAAUUAAACUGAAGUGUCCGUUUAGUUCUGAAGUACUAUUAGCAUUAGAAUUUUCUCCUUAUUGUUCUCCACAUUGCAACUAACUGAUCCCCAGUCUGGUAAUGUGAUAACUGCUGGUAUCGAGAAACCCUAAUGUCCUUAAACGAAUGUAUCCAUUCUAAUCACGGGACAUACAGACGACUGCAAACUGACUAGAAUUAGUGCACGCGAAUGGCUAGACUACCAUCCACUGUUCUUUGGUAUCAUAAACGUCAAGUACCGUAGUAAACACUUGUUAGUUUCAUUGAAAACCUUCUACUAGCAAUUUCUUAACUAUAUUAACGAUGUUACUAUAGUCUGACUAAAUGUUUUGAAAAUAAUAUUAUGAAAUAGGUUAAUUUCUCCCAAAUGCAAUGGUUUCUUUUUUUCGGCUUUUCAUUUAGGAUCAUAAGAAUGAUGUCCACAUCUUUUGGAGAUCUAUGUAUAAAUUAUUGAGAUUGAAUAACCAGUGUAGAUUAGGAUUAUUAUAGACCGCGCAAGUCAGACAGUGAUUACUAAAGUAUUACAGAAGCUGCUUGAUAUCGCCAUAUCUCACUAGUGUGUCGCAGUUAUGUCAGAUUCAGAUUCAACGUUACCAGCUACAGACGACUUUGGCUCAAGGUUCUUAGAAUUUGAUGAAUACUCCUUCGAACAGCCUGAUAAUACAGAGAGUGAUGCUUUUUCUGCGUUCCUACCCGAAUUUUGCGCCGUUGCGGAACAAAAGGUUCCAUUUCUUGGUGAGCAAUUACUUGAGACAGUCAAUGGACGCAAUAAAUACACGAGCCAUGUUCCUGAGGAUGACCAGGGUUCCAAUGUCAUUGACAAUUUAAAGUCUGACGCUAGUUCUGAUGAUUCUGAUUACGAUGAAAUGGUUUACAAACGUCCAAAACUGUUAACUGCACGGCAGAUAAGUUUGCAAUCUCAGAAAAUCGCUGUGCCAAUUAAUAUUAAGAACCCGAAACAGUCUGCAGCUCAUUCAAAACUAAUUAGUCUGGAAUGCUUAGAUCCAACUAAACCACCUACAACACUAACACCGGAACAAAUCGCCAUCCGACAAAAGAGAAUAGCCAACCGCAGAGAGUCGGCUAAGCACAAAGCAGAAAUGGAAAAGCGCCAAACCGUCGAGCGCUUGCUUAAGAUCAACGCAAAUGUUAUUGGGCGACGUGGUCGAGGCAGAAGCAAAAGUCUUCGGAAUAAUGUUUUGGCACACUGCGACCAGAUUUCAGUUCAAACGCGUCCAAAAUUUGUUGUCUCAAUGUGUGAGGGGGAUACAACUGAAAGGGAGUAUCUCGAUGAUCAGCAUGUUUCAUUACAACUCAGUGAGGAUAAUUGUAUGGAUACCGAGUUAGUGAACAAUGCCUAUAAAAAUACGAAACUGUCUGAUGAUGUCAUACCUUUAAGCUCAUCAAACUGUAAACCAAAUGUUCAGUCAUGUAACCCCAAACCAGGAUACAUCCGCUUUGUAUCAUCAUCUCGUUUGCCAACAAAAACACUCGUCUGUUUACCUUUGACAGAUAACGACAAUCACAGGUGCAUUUAUUCGCAUACUGAUGUUUAUUUAAAGAAGAUUGCAGCCCCUGAGAUACCAAAAUCACGUCUUUGUGACAUGGGUUGCGGCUGUGUUAGGCGCUAUGAAUGUGCCAAAACAGGCCGUUCCUUAUGUAGUUUAUCCUGUUAUAAGACUAAUUUAUCAGGACUUCCAUUACCCAUUUCAACUUAAAUCCAAACGUUCGGGCAUUCCGAAUACAUUUAAACACAAUUUGUAAUUUCUAACAGAAAAAGCAUUUGUAUUAUAGUAUGUGGCAUAUUAUUUUCUAUGACGCCGUAGUACAUAGGAAUGAUUAGAAAGUACCUAUUGAGAAACGAUACCAAAUGGUGUUUGAAUGACUAUUUUUAGAUAAACACAUGUUAUGCACUUCCCUACUUUUGGAAAGUAGAAGCUAUAUUGAAUGAAUUUUAUGUUUUCGAAUGUUGGCGAAAAAAUAGUUACCUGAUUAACGAAUUAUUACGUCAACAAAACCACCAGGUCAAAUUUACUUUACAGUCACUGCUACGUAUGUAUGCAUGCAUGACUAGUCAUUUG